GAUCGAUGUAUCUGGGUGCAGCUCGUCACCACUGACUCCAGUCUUCCUAGUCGGGGAAAUAACUGAUCAUCUCUCACCAUGGCGGACCCAAGAAUACGGCAGAUCAAAAUCAAAACCGGUAUAGUUAAGAGACUGGCAAAAGAGAAGAUCUCCUACAUAAAUGAAGCAAAGGGCCAAGAGGAGAAGAUUGAGCGCCUGAAAGCAGAAGCAGGAGAUGACUACGUCAUCAAGAAGCAGAUGGAGGUGCUGCAGGAGUCCAGAAUGAUGGUUCCAGACUGUCACCGCCGACUGACCAUAGCACAUGCGGACCUGCUGCAGUUACUAGAAACAGAAGAGGAUCUGGGUGAAGCAGAGGAGUACAAAGAGGCUCGAAGCGUAUUGGACUCAGUGAAGCUUGAAGGAUGAUUUCUGAUGUGUUUCUGUUCUCACUGUGAGACUCACUCACUUAAAUGUCCAUUCCUUUCGUCAGGCCUUGUUUGGAGCCGUGGAAGCCGACCGAAUCCGUUCAGUCUCUGCUCUUGAUGUAAUUAUUUCUACUGUUUACUGUUAACGUGCCACCACUUCUGUUCACGCUUCUGCUAUGUGUAAAAUCCUGAAAAAAGUGAUCAAAUGGUCACUUUAUCACAGAGGAGUGCAGGGUUGAGUGUCUUAUUGUUAUUUUUUCACACAAUAAAACUUCAUACAUGUUAUUAGAUGUUCACAUUUGGCAGUCAUGUCUUUUAUGCUUUUAUCUACUGAUUUAGAUGAUUUCUCCCACUUUGAUCCAGGGUUAGUUUGAAGAAGGAAGUUUUACUAUGUUUUUAUUUUUCUGCUUUUAUUGGUACAAAUUUUGUCCAGAAUGUUUCCCAGAAUGCUCACAAGAUCAGAACAUGAUUAUUGAUCUAACUGUGGAAUUAAAAUGGAUGAAAAUGGUUCCAGAACGCAAAAUAAAAUCUUAAAGUUUUAAAAUCCAAAGAUGCUUGCUUAAAAAAACUCUAAAGUGUCACGUUUCAUUCAUAAUAAUUAAGAAACUUGGAUGUGGCUUGAAAAUUGUCACUGCGUUUUGAGUUUUCAUGUCUUUUAACUUCUUGAUUUCUUUAUCAGUUUACCAAAAAUUGCAUGUAUCUAUCUGAUGGUAUUCAUGUGAACUGGAAAUGAACUGGAUGCGAGUGUAGUGUUGCCUACAAUAAAGAUGAGAGGGAAGUGCCUCUUUCAGUGAAAUGA